AUUAAACAGGAAGUGGAGUUGCGAUGUCAACAUAUCAAGCAUUGAGCUGACGACAUGGGACUUCCAGUCUUUUUUUAUUACAAAACGCUGUUUUUGGGGUUAAAUGCACUGGUUUGAGAAUGCAAGGUUUUAACAGUAAAGUUGUUUGGCUGUCCUUUUUGCUGUUAUUUGUUAAUCCGUGCGUGCCACAGCAAGCCAAGAGGGAAAACUCGUUGGACCUGCAUGAGAAAGAUGACGAUGGAGGGGAUGUGUACCAUGCUCAAGUAGAAAACCAGCAAACAUUAGUAAAAAAUAAUAAAGAAGAUGGACACGAUUCAAUCAACCAACAAAAGGAUGGACAGUCUAUCAGCAAGUUCAACGAAACUGAUAACUACAGCAACGAGACCCUCCACUCUACAACUGCUGCUGUCAAGCCGACAACCCAGGCACCCCCAACCGCCAAGCCCAUUCUGCCUGUACAGACGGGGGUCAAGGCCCAGGAAGAAGAGCAGUCUAGCGGGAUGACCAUAUUCUUCAGCCUGCUGGUUAUAGGUAUCUGUAUUAUAUUGGUGCACCUGCUUAUCAAGUUCAAACUGCAUUUUCUCCCAGAGAGUGUGGCUGUUGUGUCCCUUGGAAUUCUAAUGGGAGGCUUCAUUAAGAUCAUUGAGUUCCUGGAACUGGCCAACUGGAAGGAGGAGGAAAUGUUCCGACCCAACAUGUUCUUCCUUUUGCUCCUGCCUCCCAUCAUCUUUGAAUCUGGAUACUCUUUACAUAAGGGUAACUUCUUCCAGAACAUUGGCUCCAUUACUCUCUUUGCUGUGAUCGGCACAACUAUCUCUGCCUUCAUAGUCGGAGGCGGUAUCUAUUUCCUUGGGCAGGCUGAUGUCAUUUAUAAGAUGUCUAUGACUGAUAGCUUUGCCUUUGGCUCACUGAUCUCCGCUGUAGACCCUGUAGCUACCAUCGCCAUCUUUAACGCCCUCAACGUAGACCCGGUCCUCAACAUGCUGGUGUUCGGUGAGAGCAUCCUAAACGACGCCGUCUCCAUUGUCCUCACAAACACGGCCGAGGGCUUUUCCCGCUCAGACAACUCCAUGGUAACAGGCUGGGAGACGUUUUGGCAAGCAAUGGGUUAUUUCCUUAAAAUGUUUUUUGGUUCUGCUGCUCUGGGAACCCUCACUGGACUCAUCUCGGCUCUUUUUUUAAAACAUUUUGAUCUGAGGAAGACUCCUUCACUGGAGUUUGGCAUGAUGAUCAUCUUUGCGUACCUGCCCUAUGGCCUGGCAGAAGGCAUCAAACUGUCUGGAAUAAUGUCCAUCCUGUUUGCGGGAAUUGUGAUGUCGCACUACACCCAUCACAACUUGUCUCCUGUCACCCAGAUCCUCAUGCAGCAGACACUGCGCACAAUGGCCUUCAUGUGUGAGACCUGUGUGUUUGCCUUCCUUGGUCUCUCCAUCUUCAGCUUCCCUCAUAAGUUUGAAUUAUCUUUCGUCAUCUGGUGCAUAGUCCUGGUUCUUCUCGGCCGAGCAGUAAACAUCUUCCCUCUGACGUUCCUGCUGAACUUUUUCAGAGACCACAAGAUCACACCCAAAAUGAUGUUCAUCAUGUGGUUUAGUGGUUUGCGAGGUGCUAUCCCCUAUGCGUUGAGCCUUCAUCUGGGCUUGGAGCCCAUUGAGAAACGUCAGCUAAUUGGUACCACUACCAUCAUCAUCGUUCUCUUUACCAUCCUCCUCAUGGGGGGCGGGACCAUGCCACUUAUUCGCAUAAUGGACAUUGAGGAGAGCCAGUCGAGGCGUAAGAGCAAGAAAGACAUCAAUCUCAGCAAGACAGAGAAAAUGGGUAAUACUAUUGAGUCAGAGCACCUAUCAGAACUAACAGAGGAGGAGUACGAGGCUCAUAUCUACCAGAGACAAGAUCUGAAGGGCUUUUUGUGGCUUGAUGCUAAAUACCUUAACCCUUUCUUCACUCGCAGGCUCACCCAAGAGGACUUGUUACAUGGCCGAAUCCAAAUGAAGACCCUGACCAACAAGUGGUACGAAGAAGUCCGCCAGGGACCCUCAGGCUCAGAGGAUGACGAUGACGAAGCAGAACUUCUGUGAAUUGAACAAACGCUUUGUAUGUAAGCCUUCUUUUCAGUGUCAGUCACAUGCACUUCUUGUUUGUUCACCUGCCCCCAACUUUAUGUGACAGAGAAGUCUCAGUCAGUGCCCACAGAGCAUUUUUAGUACACAAAGUGGGCUGUCAUGUGUCAAAUCAUAGU